AUGUUCAAUCAAAAUGAUUCUAGUAUCAAAUUCUUUAGUCAAGACGAUUCCAAUAAAAUCUUCAAUGUUCUUGUUGAUGAUAAUGUAGAAGAGCUGGCUUCGAUAAUUUUCAAAUAUCCAAAUCCGGACAUUGAACUUAAAACUCCAAACGAUUAUAAGUAUCCAUAUCUUUUAAGAAAUGUGAAAUAUCCGAUCCAAGCUGCUGCAUUUUUUGGCUCUGAAAAUUGUUAUAAUUAUCUUUUAAGUAUUGGUGUUCAAGAAAUAAGAGUUAACCAUUAUGUUAAAAUAGAUACUCGUCAUUUUGCAGCAGCGGGUGGCAAAAUUUCCAUUUUUCGGCGUUUCACAGAAUUCCCAGAUCCUCAAGAAUCUGAAAGACAUCCAAUGAUAUUCGCUAUUGAUUAUGGAAAUCUUGAUUGCGUUAAGUAUAUGUGGUCAAAAGGUUUUGAUUUUUCGCUCAGCAAACAUUGUGUUCUUCAUGCUUGUGCAUCUGGUUCCAUCGAAAUUGUCGAAUUCAUUUCUCACCAAUGUCGUAACUUUACUCAAAUGGCUAAAAAUGCAACUGUUGAUAAACGUUCUAUGAGUUGUGAUAACCAUGAAGAAUUCCAAUUAGCGGAAAGAUAUCCAUUUCGUGUUGAUGAAGACAAAUUAAAUUCAUUGAUGUUAGCGGCUAAAAGUGGUUCGGUUGAUGUGGUCAACUUCCUAAUCAAAAAAGGUCUAAAUCUUGGUGCAACUAACAAAAAUGGUAUUACUGCUCUCGUUCUUGCAGCAAGAUAUGGAUCACUUUCAUGUGUUAAAGCUCUUAUCGAGGCAGGUGCUUACUUUCAAAUUACCCGCAGAAAAUGCAACUGUUUCGUUGAAGCAGCUACCCAAGGACAUCUAGAUAUUGUUAAAUAUUUAUUAGAUAAGGGCAUGAAUGUCAAUUUUCAGACAAGUGAUGGCAAAGAUGCACUUUCAGGUGCUGUUGAAAUGAGAAGAGAAUUAGUUGUUAAAUAUUUAUUGAUGAAAAGUGCUUCAACAACUCCAACAGCUGAGAUUUUGGCAAAAACUACAAUUGCAAUAUUCGACAUGAUUAUUAAGGAGGAAUCCAAAGAAUUCUAUAAAAUUGUUUUAGGAAAAAGUUCUUAUGAAUUAGAAAGAUAUCCAGGUGUACGAUUUCUGGAUCCUUCUAGGCAAGUUAAUUUCCAGCUGAUUUAUCACAUAUUUGAAAAUCACAUUGAUUUUAAAGAUCUUUCAGAUGAUUUAAGGUUGUUUAUUUUUGAAAUUGAUGAUUGGUUUAAAGAAGAGCAUUUUCUUAGCAAAUUAUGUAAAACAAAAGGAUUUAUAUCAGAUUUAUCUAGCAAUGAAAACAGCCCAAUUAAAUACAUUAGAAACUCGCGACAGUUGGAAAUUCUUAUCAAUUGCGGCUUCAACAUUUCUCAAGAAAUCGCUAAAAAUAAGUUGAUUGAUAAACUUCGAUCUGAUAACCAAUUCACCCCAGAUCUAAAAUGUUAUGUAAUGCUCCUCAAAUAUAUUAAUGAUAUAGAAAUAUUAGACAUAAAUUAUAUUAUUAAUCAGCUCAUAUUAUUUUACAAGCCUUAUCAAAAUGAAUCCCACAGAAUUAUUCUGGAAAGAUUAAAAAACCAUCUUAAAAACUUCAAAUGUGAAUCUUACAAUAUGGAUAGAUUACUAAAAUAUCCAUAUUCCGAAAUAAUUUUAAAUGAAAUGGAUCAGAGUGAAAGACAAAAAAUUAUCGAUAAAAAUUCUCUUCCAUAA